CUUUAGUUGUCCUCUCAGUUUUCUUUCACGGUAAAUCGGCGCAUAAAAAAGAGCAGGUCCGUCAAAAGUCCGGUUCCUUCACGAAGAGCUAGGGUUUUCUUCUAAGAGAGAAGAAAGAUGGAGGAUGAUUAUUGGAAUAAUCAACCGCAACUUUCUGAAUCUGCUGGAUCGAUCAAUCAACCACAACUCUCUCAAGCUGUUGGAUUGCUCAAUCAACCGCAUCUUGAAUAUGUAGCAGAAACUCCACAAUCUGGGAUGCCAUCAGCUCAAGUAGUGGAUCCACAAUCAAUUGGACAGUCAAUCUUAUUAGCCUAUCAACGUUAUCUCGACAGUGUGGUAAUCUCUGAAGCUGAAAAUGCUCCUACAUUUUUCUGUGGACCAGAGCUAGCUACAGCAGGUGGUAGUGGUAGUACUAUACCUGAUCCCCGUCCAUCAGCUGCUCUUCGUGAUCCCCGUCCAUCCCCUGCUCUUCGUGAUCCCCGUCCAUCACCUGCUCUUCGUGAUCCCCGUCCAUCACCAACCCUUCGUGAUCCCCGUCCUUCACCUGCUCUUCGUGAUCCUCGUCCAUCACCUGCUCUUGGUGAUCCCCGUCCAUCAUCUGCUCUUCGCUUACAUUUUGAGCCUAGAGAAAGGAUAAAUAAAAAGAUCACUGGCAUGCUUGUUGAAGCACAUGUGAAGGUAAUUUAA